AUGGCACAUUGGUGGAACUGCGUACCUCAACAUCCUCGAGCUGCUCAACUAUGGAUCAUCAGCAUGCGUCGAAUGGAUGUGGGGAUUCCAGCGCUGUAUAUUCUUUGUAGUCACAGAACUGCUGCAUUGUAUAAUUCAAUAUUCAAUUGGAUUUUACAAGAAGCACCAGAGGUUCGUGAAAAUCUCCAAACUAUCGUAUCUGAUUUCGAAGUCGCGCUAUUGUCAUCAGUGCAAGUAACGAUACCAUGGGUUCGUCGUAGAGGUUGCUGGUUUCAUUUCGCAAGGGUACGUUUUCCAGCCAAUCGGUGCCAAGAAGCAAUUCAAGUUAUUGUCAAUUUACUUCAGCCUCUUGAAAAUUUUAAUGACAACUACUUUUUAUUUCGACGAUACUUACAGAGAUUUUGGCUUCCUCAGGCAAAUACUGUAUCUGUUUGUGAUGUUCCUUGGCGAACUAAUAACGUGGCUGAAGCUUUUAAUCGCCACUUAUUAGCCCGUAUGGGUAGACCUCACCCGCCGUUAUUUCGUUUUUUGGAUGAAAAUGAUGACUUGACUAUGGUCGAAGAAGUGUAG